UUAAAGCUGAUCGAGACUCAUCAAUAAUUUUCUUUUCGUUCUCUCAUUUUUUCAUUAAUUUCUUUUCUUAUCCACACAUUUACAUUUCCUUCGAAAAAAUGCUUUCCUCCGUUCGUCUGGCACGCCGCUCUACACAGUCAAUGCGUGGGCUUGGGCUCGUGUCCCGCUUCAGCACUGACGCCAAGCAGUUCCCCGAAGCAAAGCAAAAGUUCAUUCCUCGGUCCGGCAUGUACCCGAAGGGAUUCUCUGCAGGUGGCUCUUGCUGCGGUAUUAAAAAGAACGGUAAACCCGAUCUCGCCGUUCUCUUCUCCGACCGGCCAACCACGACCACAGCAGUCUUCACGACCAACCAGUUCUGCGCAGCCCCCGUGCAGUUUGACCGCCAAGUAAUCCAGGGCGCACGACAGAGCGGCACACAGGCUGUGCGUGCAGUGGUUGUCAACUCUGGCUGCGCCAACGCGGUCACAGGAAAGCAGGGCCUAGUGGACGCCCAGAGCAUGGCGGCUGCUGGAGAUGCGCUAGUGGCCAGGGUCGAUGGCAAAUCGACGGUUGGUGGCAACACGCUAGUGAUGUCGACGGGUGUCAUUGGGCAGGCGCUGCCCGUGGACAAGAUUGCAAAGGGCGUUGAGACUAUGGAGAUCGGCCAGGAGCACGACAUGUGGAUGCGCGCGGCGAUCGCCCAUAUGACCACCGACACCUUCCCCAAGCUGCUCUCGCGUGAAUUCGAGCUGUCUGGCGGGCAACGCGUGAGAAUGGCAGGUAUCACUAAGGGUGCCGGCAUGAUUCAUCCCAACAUGGCCACGCUGCUGGGCACGGUGUGCACGGACACGGCAGUGUCCCAGGAGAUGCUCGACCGGGCACUGGCGCACUCCGUCGCGCGGUCCUUCAACGCCAUUUCGAUCGACGGCGACAUGAGCACCAACGACACCAUUGCUGUGAUUGCCAAUGGCGCAGCGGCCAAUGCGAGGAUCGAGGCUGAGGGACCCGAGUAUGUUGUGUUCCGCGAAGCACUGACGGAAUUCAUGGCUGAGCUGGCCGGGCUUGUUGUGAGAGACGGCGAGGGCGCGACAAAGUUUAUCACCGUUGAGGUCGCCGGUGCCAAGUCAUUCGCAGAUGCCAAGCAGGUGGCCAGCACCAUUGCGACCUCGUCUCUGGUCAAAACUGCGUUCUACGGGCAGGAUGCCAACUGGGGCCGCAUUUUGUGCGCUGUUGGGUAUUCCGGCGUGCCUCUGGAGACUACAAAGGUCAACAUGGCCAUGUACCCAGGCGACGGGUCGGCUCCUUUGGUGCUUGUCCAGCGCGGCGAGCCGCAGCUUCCCCUUGACGAGGAGCGCGCGAGCGAGAUCCUCAAGCAGGAGGACGUCCUAGUACGCGUCGAGCUGGGACUGGGCGACGAGUCUGCGCGCAUGUACACGUGCGACCUCAGCCACGACUAUGUCUCAAUCAAUGCUGACUACCGGUCCUAAAUAUUUU